AUAUUUACGUAUGCUUUACAUCGAAAGAGUUACGUGGAGUUUACCACGAAAAGUUACGUCUCGUUUACGAUGAAACCUUGCCCUGCGCUUUACGAGGAAUUAUUUUUGUCGUAAACAUAACAAGUCGUUUACGACGAAAUCUCCGUUAAGACGGACGUUUUACAACGAAACGUAUUUCGAGGUUAAUUCGUCGUAAAACCCCAUUUACGACGAAUUUACAACGAAUAUUGCCCUCGUAAAAAAUAUGUUUUCUUGUAGUGAUUUGUCAUGGUGGAGACAAGGAACAUCGGAGGUUGGCAAUUAGGAUUUGUGAGGCGGAAGUUGCGAUAUUGUCGACCGAUGAUUGAUGUUUGUUCGUUGGGAUUUUGUGGUUAGAGAUGUUCAAAACACUGAACCGAGACUACAGGGGAAGAUUAGUCUUUACCGGAGAAGAAAUUUCACCAAAGAUAGUCGGUGAAGCUUAGAUAAAGAAUAUGUAGAUUAACGUUUUAGAGAAAGUGUAUAUGGUUUUCGAAUGAAAAAAAAAGAGAAAUAGGAAAACGACUAGAGAAAACGUAGAGCAUCUCUUGUAACCAGUUUUGAUUUUGAUCCAUCUGGUUUUCCCACAAACCACAAGUCUGUUGUCCUUAGUGACGGUGCAUUAACAACAAAACGUUGCAGUGAAAGACUUUGGCUAAAUCAACUACUUGUGGGUAUCUUUUAGGCCAAGUAAACCAAUCUGGUAGUCUAACGAUGAGCUUUUUGCCACGUUGGGUGCUACAGAGGAUUGAUAAUGAACGGACUGAGACAGUGGAUAGCUAGCGAUUUUACUGCUCUCCAUGAUGAGCAUCGAAACAAUGGAUCAUGCAACUGAUUUUAUCAUUUGUUUGCGUUCCUAGCUUCUAAAAAGUUUUGGGGUUUGAGAUAGAUUUUAGUUAAUUAUUUCUGCUUCCUUGUUGUGGCUUGUCCUCCGGCUGUGGUAUAUAUAGUCUGAUCAAUUCAAGAGCUUUCUUUAGUUUAUCUAAUGGAAAAGGUUACUUUUUCUUUGCAUCAUAGUCUCCAACUUUGCCUGUGGAUCUGAUACCUUGUCAAAACAUGAUAUUGACUCUAUAAUUGUUUCUUAGUUCUGAAGUGUCACUCAUAAAGAACGUUUGUUACAUAUAUAUAGAGUAGUUGUUAUAAAUGAGAUUGAAAUUGGUAAAUCAUUUGCAAAAGCAUUAUGUCAAGAAAACUUAUGAGUAAAAUAGUUGGUAAAUCAACAUUAUAAUAGGACACUUUCAAGGCUCCUUAAGGUGUCCACGUGUACACUUAGUGGGUCCCACCUUAUUAUUAUUUUUUCCCAAACCGCGUGGGCUAAAUGAAAUGGGCUUCGUGUUUGUUCAUAGCUAUUGAAUGGGCUUAAGGGUUGCUCCUGCGUUUUGGUGAGAAGAAAGACCGACCCCUCGCCUUCUUCCAGAUCCUUCACCUAUGGUCGAUUCCUCUUCGGUCUUAUCGGAUUAACUUGAUCUUUAUGGCUGUCUUAAGUUCCUCGGACGACAAAACGUCAACCUCUAACGCAUCCAGAAGACCAUAUAUAUAGAUUCUUCAUGAAAUCAGGUAUCGCCCUCCUCGCUACUUUUUUCCUCCCCUUUGUCAUCCUGUUUCUGAAUUCGUAACGAUAAUGGCUUCAUCCGUAACUCCAGUCGUUAACGCCGCCGUCGGCAACCCCACGUUCGACUCUCUUCGUCUUGGAAGAUCUGCUCAAUCUGUUGUUGGUCGACUCAUCCGGUUUUGGGAUUCCCGGAACAUUAGCAAGAAUGGAGAGUUUAUGGGGAUAACAAUUCUACUCCUCGAUGAAUUAGACUCGGUGAUUCACGGUUUCAUUCCAGCUAAUCGGGCCAACCAUUACUGGUUCUCUUUGAAAACCGGUUCUAUUGUCAGAUUGGACCGUCUUGACGUGGCAAGGGUGGCUCACACGUAUAAGAUUACUGAGCAUCAGUACGUCAUCCGGUUCAUUCCUUCAACGCGUGUUGUUGAGGUCCAAACGGACGCCCCUGUGAUCAAGUUGGACAAGUUUAUGGUUAGGCGUUACGAACAGCUUCAAGUGCUUGCGAACACCAGUUUAGAGCUACCAGAUGUUGUUGGUGAGAUAAGAUCUGUGCAGGGGUCCGAUCUCAGAAACCAAACAGCCACAAGCAGGGUUGUUGUCCGCCUAUUAAUUGAACCGUACGUUGUUUUAGACAUCCACUUAAACUUUUGUUAUAGUUUAAUUGGGAAAACAUAUUCCUACAAACCCGUCAUCAGUCUUAUAUGUCUUUUUUUAAAAAAACUUCUACUAGCUAUGCUUCUCAUUAUGAGCUUUGAUCUCUGUCGUUAUCGUUUUGAUUUCCAUGGAUAUUUUCUUCUUUUCUGGAUUAUUAAUGAAUCUUUGACGGGUUAAAUUUGAUUCAUAAACCUAA